AUGCAUCCCCAACACAUAUUUAAGAAUGUAGUGAAAGGACAGGCCUUAAGAAUAUCCAGACUGACAGCAGAGGAAGAUACAUUUCAGGAGGAAGUAAAUGACCUUUGUAUAAGGUUCAAAAAUAGAGGUUAUAAGGAAAAUGAUAUCAUAGGUACAGUUAAUGAAGUUCAGACAUUGAGAAAUACAACUGGGAAACCAUACUUCUCACAUAGAGAGGAACCAAUAUCAGAAUUUAAUGAUUCUGCCUGGAAUAAAGUAAAGGUAUCUACUAAUUACACAAGUAAUGUAAAAGUUAUGCAAGAUGUGGUAAGGAAAUACUGGACAGUACUGACACAUGAACCCCGAAUUAGGGAAAUUGUAGGGGAUGAACCCAGCUUCCAAUUCAAGAACAAGAAAUCCCUGAAAAGGCUACUUUGUUAUGGACCCAAGAAGGAUGGAUCCAUGGGGGAACAUCAAGGAACUAUGCCAUGUAAAAAUUGCAAUCAAUGUGGGUGGAUAGAUACAACUAAUAAAUUCAAACAUCCUGACACAGAGCCUGACAUACCAAGGAGCCUUACAAUAACAAAUAGCACAACAACAUCGAUGUUCCUGACAUGGACUGCUCCAGUAGGACUUCACAGCUACUACAUCAUUAAUACCACUGGAAGUUCUUCUGAGAGUAUGGUUGUAGAAACUGACUAUGUUAACAUCACAGGACUGAUCCCAGGAGGAAACUACAGUAUCAGUGUUUCAGCACAUUCAUUUGAUGGGACGAUUGAAGGAGACAGUGUAUCAAUGAAAGGGUCUACUAAGCCUGAAAUGCCAAAGAACCUUACAAUAACAAAUAUCACAACAACAUCAAUGCUCCUGACAUGGACUGCUCCAGUAGGACUUCACAGCUACUAUAUCAUUAAUACCACUGGAAGUUCUUCUGAGAGUAUGGUUGUAGAAACUGACUAUGUUAACAUCACAGGACUGAUCCCAGGAGGAAACUACAGUAUCAGUGUUUCAGCACAUUCAUUUGAUGGGACGAUUGAAGGAGACAGUGUUUCAAUGAAAGGGUCUACCAAACCUGAAAUGCCACAGAACCUUACAAUAACAAAUACUACAACAACAUCAAUAUUCCUGACAUGGACUGCUCCAGUAGGACUUCACAGCUACUACACCAUUAAUACCACUGGACAUUCUUCUGAGAGUAUGAUUUUAGAAACUGACUAUGUUAACAUCACAGGACUGAUCCCAGGAGAAAACUACAGUAUCAGUGUUUCAGCACAUUCAUUUGAUGGGAUGAUUGAAGGGGACAGUGUAUCAAUGAAAGGGUCUACCAAGCCUGAAAUGCCAAAGAACCUUACAAUACCAAAUACCACAACAACAUCAAUGUUUCUGACAUGGACUGCUCCAGUAGGACUUCACAGCUACUACAUCGUUAAUACCACUGGAAGUUCUUCUGAGAGUAUGGUUGUAGAAACUGACUAUGUUAACAUCACAGGACUGAUCCCAGGAGGAAACUACAGUAUCAGUGUUUCAGCACAUUCAUUUGAUGGGACGAUUGAAGGAGACAGUGUAUCAAUGAAAGGGUCUACUAAGCCUGAAAUGCCAAAGAACCUUACAAUAACAAAUACCACAACAACAUCAAUGUUCCUGACAUGGACUGCUCCGGUAGGACUUCACAGCUACUACAUCAUUAAUACCACUGGAAGUUCUUCUGAGAGUAUGGUUGUAGAAACUGACUAUGUUAACAUCACAGGACUGAUCCCAGGAGGAAACUACAGUAUCAGUGUUUCAGCACAUUCAUUUGAUGGGACGAUUGAAGGAGACAGUGUAUCAAUGAAAGGGUCUACUAAGCCUGAAAUGCCAAAGAACCUUACAAUAACAAAUACCACAACAACAUCAAUGUUCCUGACAUGGACUGCUCCAGUAGGACUUCACAGCUACUACAUCAUUAAUACCACUGGAAGUUCUUCUGAGAGUAUGGUUGUAGAAACUGACUAUGUUAACAUCACAGGACUGAUCCCAGGAGGAAACUACAGUAUCAGUGUUUCAGCACAUUCAUUUGAUGGGACGAUUGAAGGAGACAGUGUAUCAAUGAAAGGGUCUACUAAGCCAGAAAUGCCAAGGAACCUUACAAUAACAAAUACCACAACAAUUUCACUGUUCCUAACAUGGACUGCUCCAGUAGGACUUCACAGCUACUACAUCAUUAAUACCACUGGAAGUUCUUCUGAGAGUAUGGUUGUAGAAACUGACCAUGUUAACAUCACAGGACUGAUCCCAGGAGGAAACUACAGUAUCACUGUUACAGCACAUUCAUUUGCUGGGACGAUUGAAGGAGAAAGUGCACCGAUGAAAGGGUCUACCAAGCCUGAAAUGCCAAAGAACCUUACAAUAACAAAUACCACAACAACUUCACUGUUCCUCACAUGGACUGCUCCAGCAGGACUUCACAGCUACUACAAAAUUAAUACCACUGGAAGUUCUUCUGAGAGUAUGGUUGUAGAAACUGACCAUGUUAACAUCACAGGACUGAUCCCAGGAGUAAACUACACUAUCAGUGUUUCAGCACAUUCAUUUGAUGGGAUGAUUGAAGGGGACAGUGUAUCAAUAAAAGGGUCUACCAAGCCUGAAAUGCCAAGGAACCUUACAAUAACAAAUACCACAACAACAUCACUGUUCCUCACAUGGACUGCUCCAGUAGGACUUCACAGCUACUACAUCAUAAAUACCACUGGAAGUUCCUCUAAGAGUAUGGUUGUAGAAACUGAUUAUGUUAACAUCAUAGGACUGAUCCCAGGAGGAAACUACAGUAUCAGUGUUUCAGCACAUUCAUUUGAUGGGACGAUUGAAGGGGACAGUGUAUCAAUGAAAGGGUCUACCAAGCCUGAAAUGCCAGUGAACCUUACAAUAACAAAUACCACAACAACAUCACUGUUCCUCACAUGGACUGCUCCAGUAGGACUUCACAGCUACUACAUCAUUAAUACCACUGGAAGUUCUUCUGAAAGUAUGGUUGUAGAAACUGACUAUGUUAACAUCACAGGACUGAUCCCAGGAGGAAACUACACGAUCAGUGUUUCAGCACAUGCAUUUGAUGGAACAAUUGGAGGAGACAGUGUAUCAAUGAAAGGGUCUACCAAGCCUGAAAUACCAAGGAGCCUUACAAUAACAAAUACCAAAACAACUUCACUGUUCCUCACAUGGACUGCUCCAGUAGGACUUCACAGCUACUACAUCAUUAAUACCACUGGAAGUUCUUCUGAGAAUAUGGUUGUAGAAACUGACUAUGUUAACAUCACAGGUCUGAUCCCAGGAGAAAACUACAGUAUCAGUGUUUCAGCACAUUCAUUUGAUGGGACAAUUGGAGGAGACAGUAUAUCAAUGAAAGGGUCUACCAAGCCUGAAAUGCCAAGGAACCUUACAAUAACAAAUGCCACAACAACUUUACUGUUCCUAACAUGGACUGCUCCAGUAGGACUUCACAGCUACUACAUCAUUAAUACCACUGGAAGUUCUUCUGAGAGUAUGGUUGUAGAAACUGACUAUGUUAACAUCACAGGACUGAUCCCAGGAGGAAACUACAGUAUCAGUGUUUCAGCACAUUCAUUUGAUGGGAUGAUUGAAGGAGACAGUGUAUCAAUGAAAGGGUCUACCAAGCCUGAAAUGCCAAAGAACCUUACAAUAACAAAUACCACAACAACUUCACUGUUCCUGACAUGGACUGCUCCAGUAGGACUUCACAGCUACUACAUCAUUAAUACCACUGGAAGUUCUUCUAAGAGUAUGGUUGUAGAAACUGACUAUGUUAACAUCACAGGUCUGAUCCCAGGAGGAAACUACAGUAUCAGUGUUUCAGCACAUUCAUUUAAUGGGACAAUUGAAGGAGACAGUGUAUCAAUGAAAGGGUCUACCAAACCAGAUGUGAUUCAGAAUCUCACUGCUCGUAAUAUUUCUACAACAUCUGUACUCCUAGCUUGGAACCAUCCAUCUGGACUUGCUAAUUCAUACAAAGUACAAGUUGUGGGACAGUCUUCAGUGGAUCAAACAGUAUUUACUGAAUCCACAACUAUUACUAAUCUUACUGCAGGAAGCAACUAUACUUUUAAAGUACUUGCAGUUGCAGCUGAUAACACAGUACUUGGAAGCCCUAUACAAAUAUCCAUAUUCACAAAACCAGAUGUAGUUCAGAACCUCAUUGCUAACAAUAUUGACACAACAUCUGUAUUUCUAACGUGGAACCGCCCAUCUGGACUUGCUAACACAUACAAAGUACAAGUUGUAGGACAGUCAUCAAUGGAUCAGACAGUAUUUACUGAAUCCGUAACUAUUACAGACCUUACUGCAGGAAGCAACUAUACAUUUAAAGUACUGGCAAUUGCAGCUGAUAAUACAACUGAGGGAAGUCCUAUACAGAUAUCCAUAUUCACAAAACCAGAUGUAGUUCAGAACCUCAUUGCUAACAAUAUUAACACAACAUCUGUAUUUCUAACGUGGAACCGCCCAUCUGGACUUGCUAACACAUACAAAGUACAAGUUGUAGGACAGUCAUCAAUGGAUCAGACAGUAUUUACUGAAUCAAGACUAUUACAGACCUUACUGCAGGAAGCAACUAUACUUUUAAAGUAUUGGCAAUUGCAGCUGAUAAUACAAGUGAGGGAAGCCCUAUACAGAUAUCCAUAUUCACAAUUUAUGAUGCAUAUUCACCAUUAUGAAAAUCUUGUUUUCAAUUUUUCAGAACCAGAUGUAGUUCAGAACCUCAUUGCUAACAAUAUUAACACAACAUCUGUAUUUCUAACGUGGAACCGCCCAUCUGGACUUGCUAACACAUACAAAGUACAAGUUGUAGGACAGUCAUCAAUGGAUCAGACAGUAUUUACUGAAUCCGCAACUAUUACAGACCUUACUGCAGGAAGCAACUAUACUUUUAAAGUAUUGGCAAUUGCAGCUGAUAAUACAAGUGAGGGAAGCCCUAUACAGAUAUCCAUAUUCACAAAACCAGAUGUAGUUCAGAGCCUUACUGCUAGUAAUAUUGCAACAACAUCUGUAUUUUUAACUUGGAGCCAUCCUACUGGAAGUGCUAACUCAUACAAAAUACAAGUUGAAGGACUACCAUUAAUGGAUCAUACCGUAUUUACCGAAUUCACAAUUAUUUCCAGCCUUACUGCAGGGAGCCACUAUACUUUCAAAGUGUUUGCAAUUGCAGCUGAUAAUACAACACAGGGAAACUCUAUACAAAUAUCCAUAUUCACAAAACCAGAUGUGGUUUCGAACCUUACUGCUAAUAAUGUUAGUACAACAUCCAUAUUUCUAUCUUGGAACCAUCCAUCUGGCAAUGUUAACUCAUACAAAGUACAAGUUAUAGGACAAUCAUCAAUUGAACAAAGAGUAUUUACUGAAUCCGCAACUAUUACUAACCUUACUCCAGGAAGUAACUAUACUUUUAAAGUGUUUGCAGUUGCAGCUGAUAAUAUAACAGAAGGAAGCCCUGUACAGCUAUCCAAAUCCACAAGUAAGUACAAAAUUACAAUAUUUUAA